AUGGAAGAUCAGGCCUUUACCAAUGUUUAUCAAAAUGUUAACAACACCAAUAUCUAUGAGAUUCCAGACUCUGAGGAAGACAAAGGGGAUAAUCUUUAUGAUCAUGUCCAUGAAGAUCUGGUAUCUCCUUAUUCCAUCACUACUAUCCCAGAGAGCAUGGAUAGUAGCCAAGAGGGCUCAGAAGAUAGCUGCAGUAAUUCUGUGGCCUCUCUGCAUGGGCCUGAUGGGGUGGAUGGUUCUUCAUCUCACCAUGAUGUUGAAGAAGACCACCUAUACCAGGAUGUGGAUCUAAUUAAUCCAACUGUGGAAGAUAAACAAGUAGACAGCAUGUUUGAGAGCAGCAUGCAUCUUCCUCCGGAUUUCCAGUUGCGUCGGACCCAGUACACUUCUUCCAACUAUUCCACUUCCUUCAAAUUUCCCCAUAACAAUAACUUUGGAGAAACUGACAACUUUCAGAAAGACUGUGAGAUUUCCCUGUUUGUCAAGGCUGGUAUAGAUGGAGAAAGCAUUGGGAACUGCCCGUUCUCCCAGCGUCUCUUCAUGAUCCUCUGGCUCAAAGGAGUUGUGUUCAAUGUCACCACUGUUGACCUGAAAAGAAAGCCAGCUGACCUACACAAUCUAGCUCCUGGGACCCACCCACCUUUCUUGACUUUUAAUGGAGAAGUCAAGACAGAUGUUAACAAGAUUGAGGAAUUCUUGGAAGAGACUCUUGCACCUCCAAAGUACCCCAAGCUGGCUGCUAAGCACCGGGAAUCUAACACUGCUGGCAUCGAUAUCUUCUCCAAAUUUUCUGCAUACAUCAAAAAUACCAAGCAGCAGGAUAAUGCUGCUCUUGAAAGAGGCCUGGUGAAGGCUUUGAAGAAGCUGGAUGACUAUCUGAGAACCCCUCUGCCAGAGGAGAUUGAUGCAGACAGCACUGAAGAGGAGAAAGUGUCUAAACGCAAGUUUCUGGACGGGGAUGACCUGACACUUGCUGACUGCAACCUUCUGCCCAAACUCCAUGUUGUCAAGAUUGUUACAAAGAAAUACCGGAACUUUGAGUUCCCAACAGAGAUGAUGGGGCUGUGGAGGUACCUGAAGAACGCCUAUGCCAGGGAUGAGUUCACCAACACCUGUGCAGCAGACAAAGAAAUUGAACAAGCCUAUGCAGACGUGGCCAAGCGACUCAGCAAGUCCUAA